AUGCAAUUUUUGGUGGAUGCAUUGAAGUCACGGGGAUUCCUCCAGGAGAAACAAAGCUUAAAUGACAUAACUUCAGACUUUGUUUGUGAUUUCCAGUCUAAAGAAUGCAUGUUGGGAGAAUGCCAUAUUUGCGCAGAAAGAAAACUAUUCGGUUGUGAUGAUCAGGAAGAAAUAGAAGUUACAUGGUUUGAGUGGGCUAUGAAAGAGCAUGCAUAUGGUCAGGAUGAUAAAAUGAAACAAAUAAAAAGAAUGAUGAAAACUACUAAAGAGGGUACACUAAAAGAUUUACUAAACAAAUUUAAUACAGAAAUGACGAAAUUUAAAAAACAAAUGACGUACUUGUACGUCAUUUUUAUUUAG